AAUUGAUUGCUAUGGACACGGACUGGUGAGUUAAUGUUGCCUGAAGUUUCUUUAAAGAGGUAUGUUGAUGAAAAGGGCAGAAUUGUAUCAGGAGUAUAUGAAGGAAGUGCCCAUCCCAGCACAGCGGGGCUCUGUCAUUCCAUUUACAUCAUGGAUGGGAUUAGCGAGGAUGAAGACACGACUCUGGAUAUCAUUGUUCAUCCUUGUAAAGCUGAAGCCACCAUUUGGCUCAUUGAAGAAGCCCAUCGGCGCACCACAUCUUCCCAUCACAUAGCUAAACUCUGGCAGUCAGAUCCAAUGCAUGAUGCUUUUGUUGAUCCCAUCUUCCCUGAGUUGUGAUGUUUCAUGUGUUCACUUCCAACCCUGUUUGCUGAUUCUGUGCAAUGUUUCUUACAACUCAAUGGAACCUUGAAGCUAAAGCUGUUGGAAGCAGAAGCAUGCGUCUGUUUCUAACAUUUGCAUCAUGUAAAUUUUUUUUUUCAUUGUUUUCUUUAGAUAUAGCUGCUAAAUGUACAAUAGGAAUAAUCUCUUCCUGAGUAAUGAAGUCAUGUUGUUUAU